ACCACCAGCGUCUUUUGAAAUGGUUCGAUUUUACAGCAAGCUAAUUGGAUAAGGUCAAUACAUCGAUCGGUCCGCAAUGGCUGGACAUAAUAAAAAAAUAAAAAAUAAAAAGUGAGAUUAUAAUAAACGAACCAUAACUCGUUUCGGCUUUACACAUUCUAACGAGAUGACUUAUCUCUCUUUUCAUUGACAACGGCUUUCUAAACAGAGAUUAGAGGUUUAUCUAUGGAAAGGAUAUGUUCUUCUGGCGGAGAUGGUCACAGUAUAUACCAGAAAAUAAUGGACUAUUAUUGUGCCUAAUUUACGUCUAACACUAUUUCUUGGAUGAGUUUCUGAAGCUUAAAAAUCCUUGGUCAUGAGAACGGAAACUUUUGUUUGUGACAAUGGAAUAAGAUGAAAACAGAUUUUUAAAAUCUUUUUUUAAACUUGAGUGUUUUCCCUCAAACCAAAGAAUGGACAUAACAUCGUGAGAUACGCCCACGACACUAGUGUCCAAGAAGAAAGAUGGACAGAGUGGACGUAGUGGACAACAUUGAAGUGAGCUAUGGAGACUACGUCACCACAGAGGGGCCAAACUCCACGGAGAGUGUAUUCUAUUUUUAUCAGGAUGAACAGCUGACGUUCCUCUACAUUCUCUUCAGUCUCAUCGUCCUGGGCAACACCUUGGUGGUCAUCGUCAUCUGCGCCACCAAGUCCCGGAAGUCGAGGAUGCACAUCUUCAUCUUGAAUCUUGCAAUAGCUGAUCUCUCCGCUGGACUAAUCAACGUACUGACGGACAUCGUCUGGAAGAACACUAUCGACUGGUACGCCGGCAAUGUCGGCUGUAAGGUCGUGCGCUACGGACAAGGGGUGGUCACUUACGCUUCCACCUACGCGCUGGUGGCCCUCAGCCUGGACCGGCUUAACGCCAUAGCCAGACCACUCAGCUUUAGCGGAGACAGGCUCAGAAUAAGGAUCUUAAUUGGGCUCGCCUGGAGUCUAGCUCUGGUCUUUUCGAUCCCCAUGCUAAUCAUCAACAGGCUGAUGCUGGUCAACGGGAAGUGGCAGUGCUGGAUCGAGUUCCCUCAGCAGUGGGUGUGGCGGCUGUACAUGACCAGCAUCUGUAUCGUCUUGUUCUUCAUUCCCGCCAUAGUCAUCGCCGUCUGCUACAUUAUCAUCGUGGUCAUCAUCUGGAGGAAGACUUCCUUAAGUGCCGCAUCGGAGAAGCCAAGUCAGUAUGUCAAAACGGGCGGGCAGCUGUACGUAGCGGCCAAUAACUCAAGGUUCCGUGACGGAUCUGCAAGUUCCAGAGGAGUUAUUCCCCGUGCCAAGAUGAAAACUAUAAAGAUGACCCUGGUAAUAGUUCUUGUGUUCAUAGUCUGCUGGUCGCCGUACUUCAUCUUUGACCUGCUCAGCGUCUAUGGCUAUGUACCAAACACUCAGGAUUCGGCUGCCCUGUCCACUUUUAUCCAGAGUUUGGCCCCUCUGAACUCGGCUGCCAACCCCAUCAUUUACGCCAGUUUCAACACCAAAAUGUGCGUAGAUCUGUUCAGGUGUAAAGUGAAUUCAAGGUAUAACAGCUCACCUGUCAACACUACCAACUACACCAGUUACAGUAGCAAGGCGCCCAGACGACAUCUGUGUGACUGAUUUAAAGGGGAGUUUUUCUAGACAUUUUUUAACGACUCCAGUGCAGGUUUGAAAAUGAGCUGUCGGAAAGCAACCUAAUGCCGAUCACAACAACCUGUAAAUUUAUAAAACAAGGAGGCUGACGAGCCGACGAAGAUUAAAAUAUCAAACGGGCUUGCAACUAUUUGCCUGGAUCUCUCUGUGAAAUUAAACAAAAAACUUAGUUUCAGGUUAAAUAACCCAUCAAGCAUAAGAUCACGCAUGAGGGAGAUUUUUAUCCUCCUCUUUGAAAGAACAAUUUUGAUUAUUAAGAUAAACAACUGUUCCUGCUCCUCAUGGUGCAUUGUUUGUGGAGAAAGUAGUUUAGUUUGUAGAGGAAGAAGUUCAGUUUGUAGAGGAAUAAGUUCAGUUUGUAGAGGAAGUAGUUCAGUUUGUAGAGGAAGUAGUUCAGUUUGUAGAGGAAGUAGUUCAGUUUGUAGAGGAAGAAGUUCAGUUUGUAGAUGAAUAAGUUCAGUUUGUAGAGGAAGAAGUUCAGUUUGUAGAGGAAGUAGUUCAGUUUGUAGAGGAAGUAGUUCAGUUUGUAGAGGAAGUAGUUCAGUUUGUAGAGGAAGUAGUUCAGUUUGUAGAGGAAGAAGUUCAGUUUGUAGAGGAAGUAGUUCAGUUUGUAGAGGAAGAAGUUCAGUUUGUAGAGGAAGUAGUUCAGUUUGUAGAGGAAGAAGUUCAGUUUGUAGAGGAAUAAGUUCAGUUUGUAGAGGAAUAAGUUCAGUUUGUAGAUGAAUAAGUUCAGUUUGUAGAGGAAGUAGUUCAGUU